AUGUUGUACAAUGCUCUCAAGUCGCUCGUGGUCGCGCUGGCGUUCAGCGCCCAGGCCACGUCGGCACAGAAGUCUACCAAUUCCCUUGUGAGCCGCCGUCUCACUGAGUAUCUGAUGCCGGUCGCCAAGGAGACGCACGAGUUUGCGCGUGUACCCAACUCGAACUUUGUGCUGUUGACCCAGAUGUCGGAUAGCGAGCUGAUCAAGAUCGAGCUGAAUCCAACCACCGAGGAGCCCAUCGCGUUCAACUCGUUUCCCAUGGGAAGAAACAGUAGCUCUCAGCUACAUGGCGUCUGGCCAUCGACGGUGUAUCCCGGUCUGAUGUGGCUGUCGCUUCAGGGUGACAACAAGCUGCUGCUCGUAGACCCCGGCAAGAAUCUCUCGGCUGCUCCGAUCAUCAAAAAAACAAUCAACAUCCCGGCGCCCGGAAACGGUCCUCAUUGCGUGUUUGAGAUCGGCCACCGCGUCUGGGCUGGUCUCAAGGUGGCAUCCAAGCAGACUGGCAAAUACUACGUGUUCUCCGCCGAUAUCAGAAACUCCACCGACCAGAAGUUAUACCCGUGCCUCGACAGCCCCGUGUUCAUUAAAGAGGAGCCUACCACCGGCUUGAUCUAUGUCACGCAAGACGCCGACUCGUCCAUCAUGCGCAUCAAUGUCACCAGUGGCGCGACCGCGCAGCUACCAAUCCCGCCCAGUGUCGGCAAUAACGCCGUCGGAAUGAUGACUGGCUACGGUGCCCUGAGUGGCGUGUGGUUCACUCUUGCUGGUAAUUCCACUGGUGGCACCGGCACCUUUGGCCAUAUCGGAGCUUCUGGCGAGAUGAAAUUUUUCAAGCUCAAGCAUCGUAUGCUCGGCUCCAAUUCUGGUCUACUGCAUAUCGCUGAUGCCUCGACCGCAUCUGGCGGUCCAGCCUUGUGGCUCUUGUCGACGUCCCUGCUCAGCACCGAAUCGCCCGAUGCCCUGAUCCGCGUGACUUUUGAUUCCGCCAUCACAUCCGUUGCCGACGAGGAAUACGUUUCUAUGCUCACUCAAAACGCCAUGGUGCACCGUGUCCUUCCCCUGGAUGCCACAGUUUUGGUGUCCGAGCUCCACACCUUCACACUUGCCCAGCUCACAUAUAAUAAUACCGUUGCCGGGAAGUGGCUGCCCGCUGAGUCUAGCAGUAGCACUACAAGCUACUCCAAGGCCGGUUGA